CCCUGGCGCGCGGUGCUGCCGGCUCCCAGCCAGCCUGCGCGGGCUGGCGUUUCUCCUGCGCGGGCAGGGACCCACCGCCGGGCUUGCGCACCCCUCGCCUCGGGGCUCGGUGGGGGAGAAGAGGAGGCGCCCACGCGGCCUGCAAGAGGGAGGGAGCUCUCCCCUUUCCAGAGCGCGACGGGACGUCUCGCCCGCUGCCUGCCUUCUCAUGCCAGCCUGGGGUUUUUUUGCAGUGAAGGCGUAAUGCAGACAGCUGAAUACAGAUUUCUGGAAAUAAAAAGAAGACAGCUAGCAGAAGCUGCUGAAAAGAGGCAGAUGGAGGCUUCCUCCCGAGGUAUUAAGAACGCUUACUCUGUAGAGCAAAAGAAAAAGAAACAGGAAGAAAUGGAAAAAAGAAUUGCAGCUUCAGGUUCUGGGGGAGAAGGAGGACUGAGAUGGCAGGUUGGAUAAAGAGGUGUGACUUCUGAAGAGAAGAUCCAUGUUUACUGCCGUAACUUGCCAGUUUCUGCAGCUGAGUGGCACUUACUCAUCAUGUGGCUUUUGCUGUUUGCAUACGAGGACUCAGCAGUACUUCGCCAUUGUGGGAAGACAGAUGUGGAAAUGUACUAAGAAACUUAAGAACUAACUCUGAACACUAAGUUUUGGCCAAAUUGUUUGUUUGUUUGUUUGUUUUAUGUGCAUGUUAUUUUGCUUCCCUGUCAAGGGAGUGAGAUGGGGUUUCUCACAUGGAAGC